AGAAAAAUCCAUAGUAACGAAAUCGCUCUUUUUGUCCCAGCCGUGUUGCCGUACGCGGAAGUGUGGCUGCCAAACCUGUUCUCUCACCGCAGCGCAGGAGGAUCUGUCUUUCUCCAGUGGUGUGGAGCUGGUCUGAGAUGGCAGACACAUCAGAGCGUGGUUUAGAGGCGGAGCCUCUGAAGGGUGAAGUGGCAGAAGGGGGCGUGUCUAAGGAGAAAAGCUGCACAGAAAAGCUGGGCGUGUCACGUCUGAACGGGUGGCGCACGGCUGCAUUCCUCCUCUCUCUCUUCGUGUGCCUUGUGGUUGUUUUUGCCUUUUCAUUCAUCCUUCCCUGCCCUGUACGGCCGCAGUACCUGUCCACCUGGAACCACACGCUCUCUGAUGCAGCCACGUAUGAUUUCCUGGCUGUUGAGGACGCCAAUGAAGACAAAGCCAUGGAUGUGUUCUUCAUCUACAAGGAUGCUGCAGCCAGCCGGAACACAUGUCUGAGUCAAAAUUUAUCAAUCCCAUGUCUGGUUUUAACGGCUGUUGAUGGCACCGAUGGGAAGACACUCUGGGAACGACCUCUAGCCGCUGAAUUUGAUUGGCUGGAGUGUGGUGUAAAGGGCCUUGGACUUCAAGGGACAGGCUGUCUGGUUGCUCACGCGGACAACCUCACAGCUAUCGAUAAAAAGACAGGUACAGGGUUUAAUUACGCACACGUGAACAUCACUAAGAUAAAAGUACUGUGUAUUUGA